AAGGAAAAAAACCAAACCGGACUCUCUCUCUUCAAAGAAACAGAACAAACUUUCGAUUUUUAGUAAGAAAAACAUUUGAUCUCUCUUGUACCUUAAGACAAAAACCAAACUUCUCUUUAGGGUUUCCUUUUGUAGUAAGUUUUAACCCUCUUCCUCUCUCUAUUAAUUUCUUACACAAGAGUUAGCUGAGUUUCGACGAGUUUUGAAGUUGUUUAUUGGGUCGGUGUUGUGGAAUUUUGCUUUCUUAGUGUUUUGCGGCAGCUUUGGAUACUGUGAAUUUAGGGUUCAUCCAUUUAAUUGAGCGCAGGGUUAGUGCAGUUUCACUGGGGAGAGUUCAGUUUUACUUGUGAAAUGAAGUUUUUCAUAUAAAGGUUAGAUUGAUCAUUUGAGUUUGAGCAGAAAAUCAAAAACUUGAUGGAAUAUAUGAUGAAACUUAAGUGUCUUCAUGAGCAAAUGGGGAAACAAAUGAAGGGAAAAGGGGUUGUGUUUAUUUAUUUGAUAGAACUCUAACGUUUUCUGCUUUCAGUUAGGAGAGUGUUCUGUUGACUACUUGAAAAUGGAAAACCCCUUUUCCCCUAAAGAAAAGGGGACUGGUUAUUGGGUUCCUGCAAGAACACAGAUGGAGAAUAUGGGACCAUUUGAUGGUGUUUCAAGGAGUCCUGUUUCUGAAGAUCCAUUCAACUUUUCAGAGCUAAUGAAUCUUGAUGCGUAUGCUGGUUGGUGCAACAGCCCAUCUGCAACAGAUCAGAUGUAUGCAUCCUAUGGGUUGUCAUCGUUUCAGUCUAUGCCUUAUCCCUCUUUUGAUACGUUAAAUGUUACCGGACCGAAUCCUUCUGCAGCUCCUGAUGGUGGUGGCACAUCAAAUGCUAUGGGAAGUUCAUACAAUUGUGGAAACAAGAUGGUUUCUCAACGAACAAAUACUGCGUCUUGUUAUUCAUUGGAUCCCAAUGAUGUGGAUGUUUCGGUUCAUAAACUAAGUAAUGGUGGUUAUCGGGAAAGUGACGUCUCAAAGAUUUCAAAUUGUUCAGUUUCUAGGCCAGUUCCACUAUCACUUGAUGAGAAGAUGCUUAGGGCAUUGUCUUUCUUUAAAGAGUCAUCUGGAGUAGGCAUUUUGGCUCAGGUUUGGGUUCCAAUAAAGCAUGGAGAUCAGUAUAUCUUGAGCACUUCUGACCAGCCAUACUUGCUUGAUCAAAUGCUUGCAGGGUAUCGUGAAGUGUCAAGGGCAUAUACCUUCUCUACAGAAGUGAAACCUGGUUCUAUCCAUGGGCUUCCUGGUCGUGUUUUUAUUUCUAAAGUCCCUGAGUGGACUUCAAAUGUAGUUUAUUACAACAAGGAUGAGUACUUGAGGGUGACUCAUGCUGUUAAUCAUGCUGUUCGUGGUUCUAUUGCCUUACCAGUCUUUGAAUAUCCUGAAAUGUCUUGUUGUGCUGUGCUGGAACUUGUCACAGUAAAAGAGAAGCCCAAUUUCGAUUUAGAGAUGGAAAAUGUUUGCAAUGCACUCCAGGCUGUCAAUUUAAGGACUACUGCUCCUCCUUGUCUUCUUCCGCAGGUUUUAUUGGAACCUUGCAUCUCAAGGAAUCAGAGAGCUGCCUUAGCAGAGAUAACUGAUGUUCUACGAGCUGUAUGUCAUGCACAUAGAUUGCCAAUGGCUCUAACAUGGAUUCCCUGUAAUUACAAUGAGGAAGCUGUUGAUGAAAUCGUCAAAGUACGGGUUAGAGAGGGUAAUACAAGCUCAGUUGGGAAAAGCGUUCUAUGUAUUGAGGGCACAGCUUGUUAUGUAAAUGUAAAUGAUAGAGACAUGCAAGGAUUUGUGCAUGCGUGUGCUGAACAUUACCUUGAGGAAGGACAAGGUAUAGCUGGGAAGGCUCUUCAAUCCAAUCACCCCUUCUUUGUCCCUGAUGUAAAAUCAUAUGAUAUAAGUGAAUAUCCACUUGUCCAUCAUGCACGUAAGUUUGGGCUGAAUGCUGCUGUUGCAAUUAGGCUGAGGAGCACCUACACUGGUGAUGACGAUUAUAUACUUGAGUUCUUCCUCCCUGUCAAUAUGAAAGGGAGUUCAGAGCAGCAACUCUUGUUGAACAACCUUUCAGGUACUAUGCAGAGAAUCUGUAAGAGUUUGAGAACGGUUACAGAGGGAGAAAUCGAUGGGAAUGAAGGCUCUAAAGUCGGGUUUCAGAAGGGAACAGUUCCAAGUUUUUCACCAUUGUCAAUGUCGAGGAGUUCUCAGACUGCAUUAUCAGAGAGUGAGUUUAACUCAAUUGACCUGAUGCCCUCGAAUGUAUCUAAUUCUAAAAGUGAUGGAACAGAAUCAGAUGGUCCUCGUGAACAGGUGAUGAGUGGACCACGAAGACAUUCAGAGAAGAAGAGAAGUACGGCGGAGAAAAAUGUGAGCUUGAGUGUUCUUCAGCAAUACUUUUCUGGGAGUCUUAAGGAUGCUGCAAAAAGCAUUGGCGUCUGCCCGACCACACUGAAAAGGAUAUGCAGACAACAUGGGAUCUCUAGAUGGCCAUCCCGCAAGAUAAACAAAGUGAACCGUUCAUUAAAGAAAAUACAAACUGUGCUUGACUCUGUUCAGGGAGUGGAAGGUGGAUUAAAGUUCGACCCAACCACAGGUGGGUUUGUGGCAGCAGGCUCGAUCAUUCAAGAAUUUGAUGCUCCGAAAAAAAUUCUCUUCGCUGACACAAACCUGCCUGUCAAGAACCCUGAGCCAAUAAUCCAAGAUGCAGCAUCAAUACCUCCAGCCCUUUGUAUGGAUGAGGAAAAGUCUGCUGUUAAACAGGAGGAAGAUGAAUGCAGUUCGGACAAAAAUCAAGUAGGCCCUGGCAAGAGCAUGAUCAUUCCAAAUAGCUCCGAGGGAGAUGUACAUAGAUCAAACGUUUUCCUGAUUGAUUGUACUGAAGACUCCAUGUUGGGCGGAAUAGAUGCCGGACAAUUUCAGCCAGCUAAGCUUGGUGCUGCAGCUUGGGUUACUCCUGAAAAUGGGUCCAUGGGUUCUUGUUUUGCAAAAGGAGAAAAAUGGGCUUUGAACAAGGAAGGGUUGAAAUUAGAGAAUUCCGACUGCCAAUAUGUGUCUCAAUGCUUCAGCUCCUUGGCUGUUGCAGAGGAGAUGGAUACUAAAAUGGAGGGUUAUGAUGGAAUGAUGGAACAUAACCAACCUACUUCUUCAGGCAUGACAGACUCAUCAAACGGUUCAUUGGUGCAUGGUAGUUCAUCAAGCUCCCCAAGCUUUGAAGAGGGGAAGCAAUCGAAAGUUCAACCAAGUUGUGGUGACAGUGGCACAAAAAUUACCGUGAAAGCUACUUACAAAGAAGAUAUCAUCCGAUUCAAGUUUGAGCCUACUGCAGGGUGUUUACAACUGUACGAAGAAGUGGCAAGCAGACUCAAACUGCAAAAUGGUACCUUCCAGCUCAAGUAUCUAGAUGAUGAAGAGGAAUGGGUGAUGUUGGUCAGUGACUUGGAUUUGCAGGAGUGUCUUGAAAUAAUGGAAUCCAUCGGCACACGAAGUGUGAAGUUCCUUGUUCGUGAUCUUUCUAGUGCUGUUGGCAGCUCUGGCAGUAGCAAUUGCUUUUUGGUAGGCGGUUCAUAGUCUAAGCCCAACACCAUGCCGAUCUUUUUCCCCAGCUUCCAUACGAGGUGAUGUUCUUCCCAAAAAGUUGUAAACUUACACCUUCCUUCCUAGUUUUUGCAGUACUCUCAUGAAAUGGAGCAUCUCUGUCCUUUGGUCUAAGUGUUAGUCUAGACAGCAUGAUAAGUUCCAAAGAACAGCUCUGCAUCGUUGAAUCAUCGUUCACUGCAAGAAGUCUGAAGCAUAGAUGAUAUAGAUCAUAAAUGUCAAUGUAAAUAGGUCUGUAUAUGUUAGAAAUAGCAGCAAUUGUAGAAUAGAUGUCUGUAUAGAGAUUUACAUAUUAAUUUUGAUAAGAAUGAAGUUGUAUCU